AUGCGCUUCGGGGCAGUUGCGGCCUAUGCGGCGUUCGCAGGAUGGAUUGGGGCCGGCCUGGCACACAACAUCCAACUCAAAGCGCACACGAGAGAGUGCUUCCACGAAGAGUUGCACAAGGAGGACAAGAUGACGGUGACGUUCCAAGUGGGCGACCGAGAGUUUGGAGGAUCUGGGAAUCUGGACAUUGAUUUCUACAUCCUCGGCCCUGCCGGAUCGUAUGAAACACAAAUGAACACCGUCUCCUCGGGCGACUAUUCGUUCGACGCCCGCAUGGACGGGAAAUACCUCUACUGCUUCAGCAACGAGCACUGGUCGGCCAACAGCAAGGAAGUGUCGUUCAACGUUCACGGCAUCGUAUAUGUGCCCGAGUCUGAGGCACCGCAAGAUCCGCUCGAGCAAGAGGUCCGCAAACUCUCCGAACUUAUUGCCCAAGUCAAAGAUGAACAAGCCUACAUCGUGGUCCGGGAACGAACACAUCGAAACACGGCCGAAAGUACGAACUCGCGGGUCAAAUGGUGGUCGAUCUUCCAGUUGGGCGUGUUGAUAGGAGAAGGCAUAUUCCAGGUGUGGUGGCUGAAGCGGUUCUUCGAGGUGAAUAGCCGUCCCCUUCCAUAA